CCAAAGCUGAAACAUUCAUUGAAGAUGAGCUACUUACACGGAGCUCUUCUCUUAAGCCUGCUGGCUACCGUUUGGGCCUUUGCGGAUGAAGCCAUCUUCGAGGAAGAGGACAUUUACAACCAGGCACUGCCACCGGUGCCGCAUACGGGAAUCACAGUGCCCGGAACCAAGUGGUGUGGUCCAGGAAACACUGCCUCCAAUUUCGAGGAUCUGGGCCGGGAACGGGAAACGGAUAAGUGCUGUCGAGCCCACGAUCAUUGCGACGAGAUUAUAGAAUCUCAUAAUGCGCUCCAUGGAUUGCCAACAAAUACAGAUUGGUUUCCGAUCCUCAAGUGUACGUGUGAGCAGGAGUUCAUAAACUGCCUGCAGGCGGUUAACACCAUGACCUCCAAUACUUUGGGCCGCAUCUACUAUGGCACCAGGAGCAAGUGCUUCGCUAUGGGCUACCCCACCAACGGAUGCAAGCAGUAUCAGACAGGAACGCUCCGCAGCCGCUGCAUUCUGUACCAUGUGGAAAAGUCAAAGCCCAAAAUCUGGCAGUUCUACGACAUGCCCUUCUAUUCAAUCCACAAGACAAAGGCGUGACCAGAAAGUGAAGAUUUGUAGCUGUCUGGAGAUUCUUAUCUACCUUCGAACUUUUUUAAUUAAAUAUGUACAUAUAAUGGAAUAAAAUUCGUUAAACAAUUCGUUAUCAUAGAAA